AUGAGCUCCUUGUCAGCUUCCAUGUCAACGGCCCGGCACCGUCGCUAUUCGAUGUUGGUUAGCUCCGGAAGCGUCCGCCCCUCCAUAUACAUAUACACCCCUAUAUCGUUUAUUAGUGGGCUCGGACAUUAUUCUGAGUUGAUUAUAGUCCAUCUGACAAGCUAA